AUGAAGGGAAGGAACGAGGCCGUUAGAUCGCAGAGGAGGAUGAGUGAAGAGGAUAAGACUGCUGCUUCUGCUGAGCAGCCUAAGAGGGCCCCUAAGCUCAAUGAAAGGAUCCUCUCUUCUCUGUCCAGGAGGUCCGUAGCUGCUCAUCCGUGGCAUGAUCUUGAGAUCGGCCCUGGUGCUCCUGCUGUAUUCAAUGUUGUUGUUGAGAUCACAAAGGGAAGCAAAGUUAAAUAUGAGCUUGACAAGAAAACUGGACUGAUUAAGGUUGAUCGAGUCCUGUACUCAUCGGUUGUAUACCCUCACAAUUAUGGUUUCAUACCGAGGACUCUCUGUGAAGACAAUGACCCAAUGGAUGUGUUGGUCCUGAUGCAGGAGCCUGUUAUUCCUGGUUCGUUCCUCCGAGCAAGAGCAAUUGGCCUUAUGCCCAUGAUUGACCAGGGUGAAAAGGAUGACAAGAUAAUAGCAGUUUGUGCUGAUGAUCCUGAAUACCGUCACUACAACGACAUCAGCGAGCUGUCUCCUCACCGCCUGCAAGAGAUCAAGCGCUUUUUUGAAGAUUACAAGAAAAAUGAGAACAAAGAGGUUGCUGUCGAUGCAUUCUUGCCUGCGACCACAGCUCGAGAGGCCAUUCAGUACUCCAUGGAUCUGUAUGCGCAGUAUAUUUUGCAAAGCUUGAGGCAGUAG